UGCCUUGCUGUAUCUAUUCUCAAAAGUUCAAAACCCUAUUUCCCGAUACAAUAAUAUUCUUGCCCCAAACACCUUCCCACUCAGAUCAUCCAUUGUUCAAUGUUCAUGCUCGCCGGCGCCGCUCGUUGUUCAUGAUCUUUCAUUACAAGGGUAAAUCGACAACGGUUGAGUCAUUGAGUGCAGCUAACCCUAGAAAUUUUCAUCGAAGAAAGUUGAGUCUCAAAUUUGGAAAACUACGAGGGCUUUCAGAUAAAGAUGGCGAUGAUGAGUACAUGCCGGAGAAUGAGGGUAGUGAGGAUGAAAUCGGUUAUGGGAAUGUAAAAUCGAAACUCCAAGCUUUUUUGCAGGUUCGUGUGACUGCUGAAAAUAAUGGAAGGUCAACUUCUUUACAGUUGCCACAUUUUACCGAGGUGGUUACCAAAAAUAUUGCACGCAAGGUACAUGAUCAACUAAAUGGUGUAGGGAGGAAGAAUGAUCUUGUUAUUGGGACGCAAUUCUUGGUGGAGGAUCAGGCUGACAACUUGGUUUUUAAAUUACUUAGUGAUCUUUUAUAGGUUGUAUUUUUUACUUUAUUUUGCUAUAUUUAAAUGUAGGUGAAUAGCUUAGGAAUAUAGGGUAGAACGUCAAUUAAUUUGGUGAAGCUUAAUUUGUUCGCAACAUCGGACAAUAAUGUAAAACUAUAGACUUUUCUAAUGUACGAACUUCUUUUGUAAA